AUGGGCCACAAUGAAAUUCAUCAAGAUAAUGCCGCCGUGGAAACUGGCGAAGGCUCCCCACCACGAUCCCUUCCAUAUCGGAUCUACACACACUCGUGGUUCCAGAUCAUUCUCAUCAGCAUGAUCUGUUUCUGUUGCCCUGGGAUGUACAACGCUCUCACCGGUAUGGGAGGCUCCGGACAGGUCGACCCUACGGUUGCCGCCAACGCGACAGUGGCCUUGCUCGCUGCGACAGCUGCUACGGCUUUGUUUGUCGUUGGACCUAUCUUCGACCGUGUCGGACCUCGAACGUGCUUGCUGAUUGGAGGAUGGACCUACUCCUUGUACUCGGGGAGUCUGCUGUGCUUCAACCAUACCGCCAACGGGGCGUUUGUCAUCAGCGCCGGCGCCAUUCUUGGUAUCGGAGCCUCCUUCCUCUGGGUGGCUCAAGGGGCCAUCAUGACGACAUACGUCCCCGAAGCCCAGAAAGGCCGGGCCAUCGCCGCGUUCUGGAUUAUUUUCAAUCUGGGCGGCGGCGUGGGAUCCCUCGCCAGCUUCGGUCUCAACUAUCACUCUCACAGCGGGACCGUAACGGACGGGACGUACAUCGGACUGUUGAUCAUCAUGGCCAUCGGCUGGCUCAUGGGUCUCCUGAUCUGCCCGCCCGCUUCAGUCCGCGUUCACGGACUGCAACGCACCCCGGAGAGCGAGAAGAACUGGCGUCGAACCGCCAAAGUGACUCUCCGGACCAUGUCUGACUGGCGGGUGCUCUGCAUGAUUCCCAUGUUCUUCUGCGCCAACGUCUUCUACUCGUACCAGCAGAACAUCGUCAAUGGGAUGACCUUCAACAUCCGCACGCGAUCCCUCAACGGGGCCCUGUACUGGAUGGCGCAGAUGCUGGGCGGUCUCAUCAUGGGUCUGAUUCUCGACAUGCCGCGGGUGAACCGACCGAACCGUGCACGGGUGGGCUGGGUCUUCCUCUUCGUCACCGGCAUGGCCAUCUGGGGCGGCGGAUACGCGUUCCAGAAAUGGUAUGACCGGCGGAGGGCACAGGGCCAUAAGCAGGACAUCGACUACACGCAGGGCCAUCUGUCAACUGGUCCGAUGUUCUUGUAUAUCUUCUACGGGGCCUACGAUGCCUUCUGGCAGGGAUUCUGCUACUGGCUGAUGGGGGCUCGAUCGAAUUCCCCCGCCGUGGCUGCCAUCCUCGUGGGCGCGUACAAGACUUUCCAGGCGACUGGUGGUGCUAUGGCCUGGAGGUUGAACGCGCUGGCCAAGCCGGCCAUGACGCAGUUUGCCAUGGACUGGGGACUGUGUAUGGGCGCGCUGGUGGCUGUCAUCCCGUCUGUAUUGGCUGUGACACUGACCAGCGAAGUGCAAGAGGAAGUGACACAGGAGACGAAGAUUAUUGAUGAAUGA